AUGUUGUACAUCAUGCCAUGGAGCAAAGAGAUUGUUAUUGACUUCGGUGCCCACAGCGUGAAGGGGUGUGCACAAGGUUUACAGGCCAAGGAUAAAACCAGCUCCAGCGACCCGUAUGUCACCGUCCAGGUGCGUAAGACCAAACGCAGGACAAAGACCAUCUUUGGCAACCUCAACCCUGUGUGGGAUGAGAAGUUCUACUUUGAAUGUCACAACGCGACUGACCYCAUAAAGGUGCGCGUCUGGGACGAAGAUGAUGACAUCAAGUCACGGGUCAAGCAACAUUUCAAACGCGAGUCGGACGAUUUCCUGGGUCAGACCAUCAUCGAGGUCCGCACGCUCAGUGGAAAGAUGGAUGUCUGGUACAACCUAGAUAAAAGAACUGAUAAGUCUGCAGUAUCUGGUGCCAUCAGACUGAAGAUCAGCGUUGAGAUGAAAGGAGAGGAAAAUGUGGCUCCUCCUCACYGCCAGUACACCUGUUUACAUGAGAACCUGUUCCACUACCUGACCGAGGUYAAGAACAGCGGGGUGGUGAAGAUCCCACAGGUGAAAGGGGACGACGCGUGGAAGGUCUACUUUGAUGACGUGUCUCAGGAGAUAGUGGAUGAGUUUGCCAUGCGAUACGGGGUGGAGUCCAUCUAUCAGGCUAUGACGCAUUUCUCCUGUCUAUCUGCCAAAUACAUGUGUCCUGGUGUGCCAGCAGUGAUGAGCAACCUGCUCGCKAAUAUUAACGCUUACUUUGCCCACACYACUACCACCACCACAACCACCGCCUCUGCUUCCGACAGAUUUGCUGCCUCUAACUUUGGGAGGGAGAAAUUUGUCAAAUUACUGGAUCAGCUGCAUAACUCAUUGAGGAUCGACCUUUKUAAAUAUCGGGAUAACUUCCCUGCAGGAAACCCAGAGCGUCUCCAAGAUCUGAAGUCCACCGUUGAUUUGCUUACGAGCAUCACCUUCUUCAGGAUGAAGGUACAAGAGCUCCAGAGUCCACCCAGAGCCAGCAUGGUGUUGAAGGACUGUGUGAAAGCUUGUCUCGACUCUACAUACAGAUACAUUUUUGACAACUGUCAUGAACUCUARAACCAGCUUCUUGACCAGAGCCGGAAGCAGGAUCUUCCCAGAGAGGAGCAGGGUCCAUCCAUCAAGAACUUGGACUUCUGGCCAAAACUCAUCACUCUCAUGGUGUCUGUAAUCGAUGAGGACCGCACAGCCUACACCCCAGUCAUUAACCAGUUUCCCCAGGAGCUGAACGCGGGGAAGAUCAGCGCUGAGAUCAUGUGGAACCUCUUUGCCRAGGAUAUGAAGUAUGCAAUGGAAGAACAUGAUAAGCAUCGCCUAUGCAAAAGUACUGAAUUCAUGAAUCUUCACUUCAAAGUCAAAUGGUUCCAUAAUGAGUARGUACGUGACCUACCGGCCUUCAAGGAUGUUCCACCUGAGUAUUCUCUGUGGUUCGAGCCAUUUGUCAUUCAGUGGCUUGAUGAGAAUGAAGACGUUGCCAUGGAUUUCCUCAAUGGAGCCCUUGAAAGGGACAAGAAGGAUGGAUUUCAGCAAACCUCGGAGCAUGCCCUCUUUUCCUGCUCGGUYYUGGAUGUUUUCACUCAGCUAAACCAGAGUUUUGAGAUUAUCAAAAAGCUGGCGUGCCCAAACCCACAGGCUCUGGCUCACUUCAUGUGCRGCUUCGCGAAGACUAUCAACAAAGUUCUUUUGCAAUAUGCUGCAAUCAUUUCCAAGGACUUUCCAUCACAUUUGAGUAAGGAGAAGGUGCCCUGCAUCAUUCUCAACAACAUUCAGCAACUUCGUGUACAACUGGAGAAGAUGUUUGAGUCGAUGGGAGGCAAACAGGUUGUUGUUCCCACRUUUACUCCAACUCAAGYAGGAGAGCCUAAAGCUCACCACCAACUUACAGGCUGCGGUUUUGAUCCAUUCUCUCCAUUCCCCCAGCUGCCAUUGCAAAAGCUUCAGAGAGGAUUUUUUUCAGUUUGUGUUCUCAAAUACUCUCCGAUCCUUCCAGCUGUGACUUCAACUGAGUUUGUGCUGUAAUCUAACUGUUUGUAGAUCGAAACCUGGAUAGAAAGAAAUA